AUGUGGUGUCCACCAACUCCUCCUCAAGAUGAAAAUGACAUCUAUGUAGACGAGACCCUAUGCUUCCUGUAUGAACCUUCAGUUAUGUGUGAGACGCAACUACCACAGAUCUAUGUGAAGAGAGAACCACGACGUAUGCGGUUGCACGCUUCUCAUCGUAAGUCAUUUCAUUUCUCAAGCCAUAUAAACAUGCAUGCAGCAUCAGAUACAUGCAACAUCAGAUACAUGCAGCAUCAGAUACAUGCAACAUCAGAUACAUGCAACAUCAUAUACAUGCAACUUCAGAUACAUGCAACAUCAGAUACAUGCAACAUCAGAUACAUGCAACAUCAAAUACAUGCAGCAUCAGAUACAUGCAACAUCAGAUACAUGCAACAUCAGAUACAUGCAGCAUCAGAUACAUGCAGCAUCAGAUACAUGCAGCAUCAGAUACAUGCAGCAUCAGAUACAUGCAACAUCAGAUACAUGCAGCAUCAGAUACAUGCAACAUCAGAUACAUGCAACAUCAUAUACAUGCAACUUCAGAUACAUGCAACAUCAGAUACAUGCAACAUCAGAUACAUGCAACAUCAGAUACAUGCAACAUCAAAUACAUGCAGCAUCAGAUACAUGCAGCAUCAGAUACAUGCAGCAUUAGAUACAUGCAACAUCAGAUACAUGCAGCAUUAGAUACAUGCAACAUCAGAUACAUGCAGCAUCAGAUACAUGCAACAUCAGAUACAUGCAACAUCAGACAUAUACAACAUCAGACACAAACAUGAUGGAGAGCAUAGCUUUACUUUUAUGGUCCAUAUGCCUUAUUUUCUUUUUUCAUUUGGAAUCCCCUGUACCCAAUAACAUAAAUUAGAAGACUUUUAUCACUAAGUCUGUUUUGCAUUGUGAUGCAGUAUUAGACAAAAAAUCUAUUCCUUUGAUAGAAUCAUUCUUGUUGACA